UGACGUCGGCGGGUCUGUAGCGUAGCCGCACGAGCGUCCGUCGCGAGUCAAGUGACGCAUAGUCGAAGCGGGACGCCUUCAUAAUUCUUUUACUUACUACUACGGUCUGCCUGUUAUUGAACCACUUGGAAUGUACACUGUUGAAGUUGUGUAGGCUUUAAUGCUGCCACGGCACCGCGAUGGUAGCGUGACUGUAGGUUUGUCCAACCGCCGCAUCUGGCUCGGCCAACGUCAUGGAGAUGGACCGAGUGACUGCGGAACCUGGCCGGAGGAAUGAAGAGGAAGCUGGGCAAAGUCUACAGCUGGACCUCGCUGACACAGAGCCAGCUGGGAGGGAUCAUGUAGAGAUGCCGUCCCCAUUUGGAACAAGCCAAGCUCAUGAGAAGAAAAUUGGCCACAGAAGAGUAGAUGCCUCAGGAGAGACGACAUACAAGAAGACUUCCUCCUCUGCCUUAAAAGGAGCCAUCCAACUGGGGAUAGGAUAUAGUGUAGGCAACCUCAGCUCCAAGCCCGAGAGAGAUGUGCUCAUGCAGGACUUCUAUGUGGUAGAAAGUAUCUUCUUCCCCAGUGAGGGCAGUAACCUCACACCGGCUCACCACUUUCCAGACUUCAGGUUUAAAACAUAUGCUCCCGUGGCUUUCCGCUACUUCAGGGAACUGUUUGGGAUCCGACCAGACGACUACCUGUAUUCCCUAUGUAACGAGCCACUGAUCGAGUUAACCAAUCCUGGAGCGAGCGGGUCCAUUUUCUAUGUCACGCGUGAUGAUGAGUUCAUCAUCAAAACUGUCCAACACAAGGAGGCAGAGUUUCUCCAGAAACUGCUUCCUGGCUACUACAUGAACUUGAACCAGAACCCUCGGACAUUGCUGCCAAAGUUCUUUGGCCUCUAUUGUGUCCAAUGCGGGGGUAAAAACAUCAGAGUUGUCGUGAUGAACAAUAUUCUCCCGCGCUCUGUAUGCAUGCAUCUUAAAUUUGACUUGAAGGGCUCCACUUACAAGAGGCGAGCGUCUAAGAAGGAGCGGGAGAAAACCAGACCCACUUUUAAAGAUCUGGACUUUCUGAGUGAUGUUCCUGAGGGCCUCAGUUUGGACCAAGACACAUACAAUGCCUUGGUGAAAACUCUGCAACGAGACUGUCUGGUCCUGGAAAGUUUUAAGAUUAUGGACUACAGUUUGCUCCUUGGGGUCCAUAAUAAGACGCAAGCACAAAGAGAGUGCCAGUUCCAGGGUUCGCCAGCAGGUGGCGUGGAUGAAAUGCGGCCUGCAGCCCAGAAAGCUCUGUACUCCACUGCAAUUGAGUCUAUACAGGGAGGGUCCAAAUGUAGGGGAUCUCUAGACCAUGAUGACACAAUGGGUGGCAUUCCAGCUGUGGGAGGCAAAGGCGAGCACCUUCUUCUGUUCAUUGGUAUCAUCGACAUUCUGCAGUCCUAUCGAUUGAUCAAGAAAUUGGAGCACACCUGGAAGUCUCUCAUUCACGACGGAGACACCGUGUCCGUUCACAGGCCUGGUUUCUACGCUGAGCGCUUCUACAAAUUUUGUAGCGGCGUCGUCUUCAAAAAGGGUUGCUCACUGAGACCAUCUCCUUCUAAAAGGGGUCGAGGAGCUCUCGCCAUGUUCAAAUCUACUGCUGGUGGAUCUGGGUCGACCGGUCAGCCUUGCAUGCAGAGUGAUGGGAGGCAGGAAAACCUGGAGAGCCUGCGAGGGCCUCACAGGUUCCUGGUGCAGGAGGACACUGGGAGAGAACCACCCAGCACGCCUCCCUCCUUCGAAGACACCACCACAGUAUCUAUUGCCACCACGCUCUCCUCAAACAACUCCUCACCCACCACCCCUUUCGAUACACCGGAGCACCCGCGAUGUAGGAAACUACUGCUCUCACCCAAUGUGGCCAAGUCCCACAAGGAGGUUGCUGACCUUCAUGAGAAGAAGCAGGACACCAUUAUAGUAGAGGUCGAGCUGAGUAAAAUUCCAUCCAGCACAGAGCUCACACAGAGGACAGAAGCAACCUCGCCAGCUGACAAUCAGCCCAGCUUCAUUCCUCCAUCCAAUCCUCCUCCCUUCAGUCCCUCAUCUGCACAUUACUCCUCUACCCUUCCUCCCACCUUCCUGUCCUCCUCCAGCACUGCUCAAUCAGCUUGCCAGUCCUCCUCCACACUUUCCUCUUCCAUCCAGCCCUCCACCCAACCACUCACCUCUCCCCCGUCCCCCCUCACGCACGCGUUCGCAGGCACGGCCACGCAACCCACAUGCUCCACUUCAGCGAAGCCUUCGGCCUCAAAUGCAACCACACUGCAGCCGUCCUCAGCUUUUGCCCCCAUCUGUCCUGCGUCCCCUCACUCUUCCAUGCAAAGUUCCUCCCCCCUUCUCCCUGCUAGCGACCCAUCGAGCACUCCGGUGCCACAAGACUCAUGCAAUCAGCUUUCCGUCUCCAGCAGCCACAACUCACUGGAUGGGGAGGUGCAGGUUUCCGAUAUCUACUUUUAUGCAGAUGGAAGAUAUUGGGUGUACUCUCCAGUUCUUGGCCGUCGUAAGCUAAACUCUAGCUCAAGUUACACUGUAAGUUACCAGAAUACUCAGGAGGACCGGAGCUGUGUCCACUCUCCUCACUCCGGCUCAGAAGAUGACUCAUGAGGAGUGAGAAGCAGUGCUCAGAGGGGAGCCAGCAAGAACCAGGAAGGCCGCACAGAGCGGAAGCUUUGAGAUUUUACGAAAUCAACAAGGCAAGAUACGGAUUCAAUGAUACAGUGCUCUUUGAUGACGAGAGCUCGGGCUGCACGUGGACCUUAACCACUGCAAAAAAGAUCAACAGAACAAUCUCACUUUAAAGCGUGAAAUAUGUUCUGCACUUUUGGCACUGUGCCAGCAUUGGCCAUGCAAUAUGGAGUCCUUAUGAUGCGCUUAUUUCUUAGCAGUACGCACAUCCGGGAUGGAUCAUUGAUUUAUUGCACUUUAUUACACCAAAGUGUAAUGCACUUUUAAAAAAAUAUUUUUAUGUAAACAUCUGUUGUAGUUAUUUUGUCAUAACUGUUAAUGACAGAUUUUUUUAUUUUCCACUAUAAAGACGCAAGGUCUACUUAUCCAUGGGUUAAUAUGCCUUAUUGACUAACUAAAAAAAAAAGUCACAUUUAGAUCUACAAUAUGUCUGAAUGUUUAUUGAGACAUAAUUGCAGUUUUUGAAUGAGAGGAUAAUGACAAUCAUGAAAAAUGAUUGAACAAAAUGUAUUUUGUAAGUUGUAGAUAAAAUGAGGUGUAGGGCAUUCUUGUAUGAAUAUGUAUUUCUGUAAAUAACUUGAGAAUUUAGUUGGAAAUUGUAUGAAAAAUUGACUAGUCUAAUUAAGGAGCCUAUGCAAGGUAAUAUUAACUUACUUUACACAAGCUGACUCUUGUCACGAGUUAGUUCCUUUUUUUUUUGCAUGUGCAGUACUUUAUGAGUAUUUUCCCUGGCUAUUUAUUUUUUUCCAAAUGUCAAUAUGUUGUAUAUUUAUUGUGGCAGUCAGCGGGUGAACUGAGUAUUUGACAAACUGGAUAUGCCAAAUUUACGAGAGAAAAUUACUGAAUAAAAGGUCU